CGGUUCCGCGUCAGGCUGCGCUCCGACCGCUCGGCACCGGGCAGCGCUUCGGGGGGCACCGCUCCGAGCCCGAGACCUCACGGAACUUUUAGGGACCCUUUGAAUUCCGCCGUUCCUUCCCCCCCCCCGGUGUUACCGGAGGCGGCCGAGCUCUGAUUGCAACGGGAUCAACGGGGCAGCGCUCUGGGCUCGGCCGCAUGGAGCCGCAGCCCGGCGCUCGGAGCUGCAGCCGCGGGGCCGCCCCCUGCGACCCCCUCCCUUCGGAGCGCCCCGUCCAUCUGUGCAUCCACACCACGACCGGAGCCCGGUACGAAGUUGCGGUUCCACCGGACGAAACGGUGGAAGGACUCAAACGGCGGCUGUCGCAGCGCCUCAAGGUGCCCAAGGAGCGCCUGGCGCUGCUGCACAAAGACAGCCGCCUCAGCUCCGGGAAGCUGCAGGACCUGGGGGUGGUGGAAGGCAGCAAACUGACCCUGGUGCCCACUGUGGAAGCCGGCCUGAUGUCUCAGGCAUCCAGGCCGGAGCAAUCGGUGAUGCAAGCGUUGGAAAGCUUAACUGAAACUCAGGUCAAUGACUUCUUAUCGGGCCGUUCCCCGCUCACCCUGGCUCUGCGUGUGGGUGACCAUAUGAUGUUCGUGCAGCUCCAGCUGGCGGCCCAGCAGAGCAGCGGGCAGCUCCAACACCGGCACGUCAUCGCCAGCCGCGGGGAAACAGGAGCCACCAACAGCCCCCAUUGCCGGACCCUGCACGGCAGCUCCAGCUCCGGCUUCACCCGCAUCCCCGUGGUGCCCUCCUGCCCUCAGAGCCCAGCUCCCAGCCCCACACCCUCCACGCCGGCCCCCCCUGUGUACUGUAAUGCCCCCCACCCCGCUCCCGUCACCGCUGGGAUGUUCCGGUCGCACGGUGCCAGCACGCAGACAGUGAACAGCAGCGUGGUGUCCUCCUGCUCAGAGGUGGACUGCAGUAUGCGUGGUGGUUCCUCACCCAGCAGCAGCCCAGCCCCCAGCGCCCGCUCCCGCAAACCAGGGGCUGUCAUUGAGAGCUUCGUCAACCACGCGCCUGGGGUCUUCUCAGGGACCUUCUCCGGCACUUUGCACCCCAAUUGCCAGGACAGCAGCGGGCGGCCGCGACGGGACAUUGGCACCAUCCUGCAGAUCCUCAACGACCUCCUCAGCGCCACGCGACACUACCAGGGCAUGCCGCAGUCCUUGGCACAGCUCCGCUGCCAGACACAGUUCUCUUCUUCUUCCUCCUCCUCAUCUUCCUCACCUCCUGCAUCCCCGGACCUCACCACCAAAACUACCUCAGAGCCGCUACCUGCGGCUGCAGCAUCCGCUCCUCUGCACCCCGUCGUCCAGUGCCAAAGCCAGAUCCGGAUGUGCAAGCCCAGUGGGGAUCGCUUGCGGCAGACGGAGAACAGGGCGACGCGUUGCAAAGUGGAACGGCUGCAGCUGCUGAUGCAGCAGAAGAGGCUGCGCAGGAAGGCAAGGAGAGAUGCAAGGGCUCCUUAUCAUUGGUUACCCAACCGUAAAUCCUCCCGUACCAACAGCAACAGCAGCGUCUCCAGUGAGGGCAGCCUGGACCUGGACUUCGAGGACUCGGUCUGGAAGCCAGAGGUCAAAGCAGACAUCAAGUCUGAAUUCGUCGUAGCAUAGAGCCGGGCUGCGGCCGCGGACUCGAGUCGGUGGGGAGGCCAACACACAACCCCCCCCCUCCUCCACCUUCCCUGUGACCCCCCCUUCCCCCUCCACCACCACCCUAUUGAGGAUGGGGGUCGUGUUUCUGUUGUGUCUCCAGCUCCUAUGGAUGUGGCUGUGCUGAGGAGGGGAGAGAGGUGGGAGCUGCUGCUGCCCCCCCCCCCCCCCAAAGCCCCCCACCCCACUCUGAGCUGAGUCCUGGUGCCGGUGGGGGGGGGGGACCCUGGGGAUCAAAGCUGCUCUUUGGCUGUGAACAGGGGCUCAGCCCCCCCCCCCAAAAUGGGCAGCAGGAGGCGAAGUCUCUUUGGAGGUGCUGGGGGCCCCCGCCAGCCUUUGUGGGGGGGGGGAGGCGUUUGUUUCCCUUCUCUUCUAUAUGUAGCAUUGCUCGGCUGUGGGGCUGGGCAAACCCCCCCCCCUCUUACCUUUAAUGUCCACGUGUGCAGGCAUGGCGAGGGGGGGGGAUAUAGGGGGGAGGGGGAGGGAUAACAGACAAUGCCACGCGUGUGCCUGGUGCCGCAGCCGGGUGGGGGUGGGAGGGGAGG